GAGAAACCACCGAGAGUUGAAAGUCGUCGGGCUUUAGGUAGAUGGCUGUGCGAAAUGCAUAAUUUGGUUAAUGAACAAUUGGGUAAAGAGAUCUUUGACUGCGAUAAAACUGAUGAAAGAUGGAAGGAUGGGCCAAAGGAUGGGAGAUGCGAUUGA